UGUCUGCUCUUCAGCGCCUCCCCGAGGACAAGUGAAUCAAUGCACGGUAUACUUCUCCGGCGCGCUCGCUGUCUCCGUCUCCACUGUGCCACUGUCACCGCUCCAUCUCUCACAGUCUCCUCACAGGCAGCCUCUGAGUUUGUCUCAUCACUGUCCACCUCUGAUCAUCAUGAGUGAAAUGGUUUUGCUUCACACCCACGGAGCUUUGGCGAAAUUAAAUAAAAGCGCAGCCCGCCUUUGUUCCGGAUAUCUUUUUAAAUAUUAACAAGUUGUCAUGUCAUCUCUGACUGGAAGAGGAGAGAGCUCGGUCAGAGGAGCGCACUGGAGCUGUGAAGUGCAGCAUCACUGUGAGACCACUGCUUUUUCUACAAGUGUUAAAGGAACAGACCGCUUAAAACCCAACAGGGAGCGCCCUGCUCCUGAGGGCGCCGGAGUCUCCAGACAGGGAGACCCACACCGGAAUAUGUACCAGGGAUCGGACGCUGUCCCGGGCUCGUACAUGUCCCUGCCCGGCUCCGUGGGGGACCGCAUCAGGACUACUAUGUGGUUUGGUGCUGGGAGCAUGUGCAGAGGAUCCAAAGCGAAGAAACCCGGCUUCGGGAGGUCCGAGGGGAAAGUUGCGUGUUGUGAGAAGUGCUCAGCGACCCUCGUUGCUCUGAAGAAACAGGCUCUGAGUCUGGCUGUUCACCAUCACUUCUCCUGCAAGGACUCAAGUGACCUAUCAGCAUUUCUUAAUGACAACCUCCGCGUCCACAGCCGCUCCACCACUGAAUGCAGGGACAGAGACAGGGAGCAGGGUCAGUGUUCAGCCUGUGGUACGAGCCUGAACCAGCUCAAACAUGAGGCCAUCCACCUGGCUCUGAACAGGGGUCAGUCGCUGGCUAAGCCUCUGCCUGAGCCCAGCCUCAGCAGCAGUACACUGCUGGGACUAAGUGAGACAAGAUAUGGGGAUCGGGGUCUGAGAGAAGCUGACAUGGCUGCACAUCAACCGCAUGUUCAAACCUACAGUCCACAGAGCCCCAGGACCCCUCAGAGAACCCCUCAAACCCUCAGACGCAGGGGGCUCAAACUCCCCAACCAGGAUAUGGACCGCUGGGUGGAGGAGCAGCAGCUCAUCACUUGUAAAUCUGUGUACAAUCCUGAUGGUGUCACCAUCUAUCGUUACCAUAAGGCUGCAGGUGAUGCAACCCAGGGCUGUGUUGAUGCUGGGCCUGUACAGACGAGCUCCAAGAUCCCUCACAUCUCCAAAGUGGUCAACAUCGCCAACACUGCUGCCAUGUCCUUUCUGGCAAAAGCGGCUGAGAAGCUCAGCCUGACAUUGAGGAAAAAGGGCCAGGCAUCUGAUCCAGCUCCCGCCCAUCUCUCCACCUGCUUCAGGGAGAUUGUCCAGAAAAACCCACCAUCAGUUCCCUCCUGCCUGCUCCAAGCUGCCACCAGAACCAGAGACUCACCCAAUGUUGGCAAGGUCAAAGUCGUGCUCAGGGUAAGCCCAGAACAGUCACGGGGCCAAGGCCAACCACCUGUUCUCCAGAUUGACCCGUCUAAAAAAAGAGUCAUCAUAAUGGAACCAGUGAGCAACAGCCAACCACCCACUGCAGUGAUACUCGGCAGGGAUGGCAAAAGUCUUCUGAGAACAUUCAACUUUGAUGCUGCAUUUCCUCAAGAGUCAAGCCAGGCUGAGGUGUGUGCAGGCGUCUUGGCUGAUGUCAUCCGCUGUGUGCUCAGCGGCAGCGAUGGAUGUGUCCUGGGUUUGGGGUGUGCUGACGUGGGCUCCUGGUCCAGCAUGGUGGGGAGUGAUGAGAGCGUCCAGAAGCUGGGGCUCAUUCCCUGUGCCAUCUCCUGGCUGUACAGCACCAUCGAGCGGCGGAGAGAGAAGACCUGGACUGACCUGACAGUAUCAGUGUCUGCCGUUGAGCUGUGCUGCGGAGAGGAGGACACGCUAAGAGAUCUCCUGGGGGAGGUCGUUCCUUCUGUGGGCAGCGUCCAGGAUAGCCCGAGAGCUCGUAUCAGACUCCAAGAAGAUCCGGUCUACGGGAUACAACUACGUAACCACAACCGGGUGAAGGCCCCCACUGCUGAGCGAGCAGCUUCCCUGCUGGACGUGGCCAUUGCAGCGCGUCGGCACAGUGACUUCAUUACGUACCUGUCCCACACCUCCAUAAUGUUCUUCACCCUCCAUGUCCAGCCCCCUCGUACAGAGAGCAGUACCAUUGGCAAAGGUUCCCGUGGCCCCACUAAGUUGACCCUGAUAGAUGUGUGUAGUGGAAUGAGCGCUAUGAGCAAAAUCAAACCCCCUCAUUCUGAGCUGGGCCCAGUCAUCGUGUCUCUACUAAGUGGACAUAAAACUACGUCCAACAAGAGCAGUAAGUUGACGAUGCUCCUUCGAGAGUCCUUGGGUCAUACGAACUGCCACACCACAGUGAUCGCUGAAGUUGCUGAGUCACUGUCACACCUUCAAGAAACGUUAUCCACCAUCCAGCUGGCAGCACGUAUUCGCAGGACACAGAAAAGGACAAAGCAAUCCACCUCAUGCUCUCCUUGCGGCAGGAGUCUAACAAGAGAAAAGAGAGGGCCUCAAUCUUUCUCCCUUCGGGCCUUCCACUCCACUGAUGAGGUUGAUGUUGACAUCCAUCCUCUCCGUCUUCGGGGUGAACUAGAUGAGCAUUCCAGUAGUGACCAGUCUUGUGAUACAGUCAUCCAAAUAGACUCAGAUGGCUUCAUCAAGUCCAAAGGAGCACCAAGGCGGACACAACCUGAAUUUGUGCCAAUCAUACCGUCUUUGCCUCCCAACAAACCUGACUUGGAUGACCCAGAGUUUACUGCGCUCCUACAAGAGCUUCUGAGAAUCCCUCAGCUGCAGGGGGAAAAGAAGGAGGAAAAUGUUCAAGGCCAUAUGGAUAUGCUCAAAGCAGACAUGAAGCCACCAGAGAGGGAUUGUCUUAAAUGUGAAACAUUUGCUGAACUUCAAGAGCGUUUGGGCUGUAUCGAUGGAAGUGAGAUACUUGAAGUACUCAAGUCUUCCUCAAAAGUCCCUCGUGUUGACAAUGUCACAACCAAAUCACAUCACAAAAAAGAAGCAGGGAAGCAGACAGACACCAAAUCGACCCACUCGUCAAAAGUACCACAGGUCUUGAUGAAUCAGGGGUUAGGUUGCAGUCAGCCCCCUGAAGCAGAAAGGAAGACAGAUAGUGCCCUCCCUGCAGACAGUUUCCAAAGAGAGGAUUCAGGUUUGUAUGACUGUGAGGAGUGCAGUGCAGCCAGUUCAAGUGAAGAACUCUUGAAUCAAACACUAAGUCUGAACAAGACCUGUUGCUUUGAGUUGCCCAACAGUGGAACUCUGAAGUUAGGUGAUAAGCUCCCUGCUCAACCCUCCCUCCCUGCUGAUAUUGCUGCAACUAAUUCCCUUGCACUUCAGCCCACAAGAAAACAGCCGAGUCCUGAAACUGCUGAAUGGUCCAAAGCAGACAAAAGGAUCUCACCAGUUGGUAAGAGCUCCCCCAUAUCUCCCUCAUCCUCCUGCUCAUCGUCACAGUCCGUGGCUACCGGUGCCAUACACAGGGAUGUCUUAACUAACUUCCCUACAGAGGGUGUUAAGGAAAUGAAGGCCACUAUCACAGUCACUGUUCAACAGCCGCUGGACCUAAAUGGUCAAGAUGAACUUGUCUUCUCUAUGGUAGAAGAGGUGACCAUUAGUGGAGCAUUGGACAGAGGAAGAACAGGUGGAAACAUUAUUUGUAUCAGAGACAAUGGGCAGUCACAGGGACAUACUCAAGGCUCUGUCAAUGCUCAACCAAUCAGGAUAAUCAGCAAUGUCAGUGAAGAAUCUGUAGCUGCAGCUUCCUCCAGUAUAACUAAAGGCUCUGUUGUUCAGGCUGCAGUCUCAGAGGCUAGUGCUGAAAAGCCCCAGCAUCAGUGCCGAAGGGAAAAAGGGUUCUUACCUUCAUUUAUUAAUCCCAUGUUGAUUAAUACAGAUGAAGAUUGUGUUUUGGAUGGUGCUAAAGAAAAAGAAAGUCCUUAUGAUACAAACACAGGAGUAAAGUCAGGGUCUGAGGUCAAAAGAAAUACUGUCAAAUGUCCAGAAGAUGAAAUAAGUCAUGUAAAAAGGAGUGGAACGUUUGCUGCUGACACUCAUGUCAAAAAGUCUGACAAGUUAUUUGACUCUUUUACCAAAAUGUGUUAUGAUUCAGUGAUUUUGGAGGAUUCUGCCUUCUGUGAUGAUGCAGCAGACUACAAAAUGUGUGGAAAAAAAACAAGAAAUACAGACAGGAGACACCCAAGAGACAAGGAACAUGUUUAUUCCAGCUCCAACUCUACAGGGAACUCAGAGGGGGUAGAAAUGACCUGCAAACGUGUUGGGAAUGCCCCCAGGAGAACUGGUGUUUCACCUGGUUGCCAAGAAACUGCCCCUGCUUCAUGCAAAAUGGGUAGUUUGCCUAGAGGCUGGCAAAAUGCCAACCACCAGGACGGUCACAUGGCAGACAACCACAGAGACCCGAGGGAGGUGACAUCAUCCACCCCAUGCAGCCCAGGAGUAACACUGGAAAGGAGGCAGGGCAGACAUGACUCUCCAGUGAACCAUAGCCUCCACCACUCCUCUCCUCGGAAAUAUGAAAUAGAGUAUAGACAGGAAGCUAGUAGCUCUUCAAGAACGGGCAUUGGAUCUGUAUCCGAGACCUCAAGUCCAAGAAUAAAACAUGAUGAUAUUAGUGGAAGGUUGCAGUCACCCACUGAGAACAGCGGCAGGCUUUUCAACACUAAAUUGGAGCAGCUGGCCUGCAGGACUAAUUCCCUUGGGAGAAUUCCAAGAGACUUUCCGACUCUGUACAGAGACAGUAGUAACACGUCUAUGAGCUCUAAGGGGAGCUCCAAGGGAAGUUAUGAAGCGGCUUGUAAGGGAGGUUAUAAGGACAUUAAUGAGGGACAUUGUACUUUACCAAGGGCUAGCAGGAGCCCCAGGAAGAGCCGUCGUUCUGACCACAGUCAUCACUUCUUCUCUUCUCAGAGCUCUUUAGCUCAAUCUGCCAAGCAGACCCAUAGCAAGCUCUCUGCUGUUGGAAAACUCAAGUUGGCUACCCCCAAAGUCCGCCGACUGUCUGCCCCCAGCAUAAAGAACCUCACUAUGUCUCACAAAGGCCUACGGCAGUCCUCCAGUCGUAGUGCCAGUCUUUCUCCGGACAGUAAAACUGUUAGCUUUGAGCGGGGAUCCUCCUUUCUUCCCUCUUCCCCUCCACGAUCUUUUCAAUCCAUCAGUCGGACUCCAAGCCAGAGUUCCACAUGUUCAUCCACAAAAUCUGUCAUCCAGGGGUUUGUCAACGGCCGGAUCUCAGACCUACUAAAGGAGAGGGUCUCCAGCCCCACUGCAGGAGGAGUGGAUGAAAUAACUCCUUUUUCCUCGCCGUACAGUCGGGUGACGGCACCACGGUCGCCUGAUCACCUGAGUGGGCAUGCGAGUGACACCACCAGUGUGCUGAGUGGUGAUCUGCCACCCGCAAUGGGGAAGACAUCCCUGUAUUUCUCCAACAGAACCAGUAUGGUGAGCAGUGGCUAUGGCAGCAUGCUGAGGGACAGUGAAAACACAGGUAGCAGCGUCUCACCCAGAGAGUCUGUCAGUGACAGGAGCGGCUCUCUCCUCAGUGUGGGUCGCAGCAGCCGAGCAUCGCGGAGGAAAGGCAACACAGGUUCUCACCAGCGGCGUCCCUCCCAAGAUUCAACCACUUCCCUGAGACGCUCGACUAGUGGUCUGCGGUCUCACUGGGUGGAUCGGGGAAUCCCAGAGGCCUUUGAGAUCAAGGUCUAUGAGAUCGACAACCGGCAGAGGAUGCAGAAAAGAACAGGGUCCGGCAUGCUUCAGCGCCAAGCUAGAGCUUUUGGAUCAUCGUCAGCAGAGGAUCUCAGAGGUCUGACCCAAAUACAACAACCUGAGGAGGGAGCUGGAGCAGGUCAACCACAACCUCAUCCUGGAGCCUGCCACAUGGAACCAAGAGUUUGACCUGUGGCAGACGUUGGAGGUGGUGACGGCUCGGCUGGACAACAAAGCUGCAAAGCCAACGUCAUGAUGCUGCUUUGACAUCACCACUGAGAGGCAGCAUAAGAGGAGAAGGUGUGAACAGAGAGACUUCAUGCAAACUAAGGCAUCUUUUCCUCUUGGACGCUUAUGUUUUAUUUCCACCACUUAAAUCUUAUCUCUUAUCUUUGCACACACUUUAUGUUCCACACCACGCCAUCACCUGUGAUAGCUACCUAAAUGAACAAGUCCUGGAUCUUGAAUGUCUUCACAGUGGGGACAAAGCUCAGAGACAGUUGACAGGAAGUCUCCACUCACAAAGGGCUGACACUUGUACAAAGCAACUUGAUUCUCUUCACUUGUAAGUCUUUUUUUUGCCAGUCACAAUAAGGAGUAGCUUGUUUUUUGUUGUUGUAGGGCUGUGUCAUUUGGUCACAUCGCAAUAAAACAUUUAAAAUCAUUCAAUAUCAAUAAUUACUCUGAUAAAGAGCAAAUAAUUGAAGCUUCAUUUUUCUUCCUGAGUAAAAGUUGAAGAAAUUGUGAAGCGUUUCACAAAUAUUAAAGAUUAAACCUUUAAAAGAAGUGUUUACAUGAA